CAAGCUGGACUCAAAGUAUGACACAUCAUGGACAACCUAAAAGUAUAAAUAGUUUUGCGAUAUCAAAAUUAAACUCAAUUCGAGUCAAGUUUUAAAAUCAAUAGUUCAAUUAUGAACCAACGAAGCGGUGCAAGUUAUCUUUUUCCCAUUCUACUGAUAAUAAUAGCUGCUUUCGAGUGCUAUGGACAAUCAAUGACAGACGCAACGUGCGCCAAGAAAAAUCCUCCUGUUCCUACGGGAUCCAAAUGGGUAAAAAAUCCUAACUGUUCUAAGGGAGGUGCUUAUAGGACGGGAAGUGGGACCUCGUCAGACCCAGAGUACCGCUGCCACUGUUGGGGCCAUUGUGGUUACAUUUGUGAUCCAACAGCUUCCCAACAACCAGACGCAACUUCUUGCGGAAAGAAAAAGCCAAAAGUCCCCUCAGGAUCAAAAUGGGUUGAUGAUCCCAGCUGCACUGCUGGGAAAGCGUACGACACUGACGACGAAGCCUACCAUUGCCACUGUUGGGGUUAUUGUGGUUACAUUUGCGAUCCAAAAUAGAGGUCCAGAGGAACAGAGAGGACCGCUAUUAAGUAAUUUAUAGCUAGCCAGGUGAAAAUAGAAGUCAGAAUGGCUACAGUUUACAGUUGUUCAUGAAAGGAUUAUAGAAAUGAUUGAGAAUAAAAAGUUAAAAAUGAUGCA